AUGAAAAAAACUACGACCAUUGAUGCUUUACCAGCAUCAAUUGAAGAAGAGAAAUGUUCACCAGUCAGUGAUACUGCUGUUGAAGAAGAAAAAGUUGAUGCAUUAUCUGCAUCAAUUGAAGAAGAGAAAUGUUCACCAGCCAGUGAUACUGCUGUUGAAGAAGAAAAAUUUGAUGCAUUAUCUGCAUCAAUUGAAGAAGAGAAAUGUUCACCAGCCAGUGAUACUGCUGUUGAAGAAGAAAAAGUUGAUGCAUUAUCUGCAUCAAUUGAAGAAGAGAAAUGUUCACCAGCCAGUGAUACUGCUGUUGAAGAAGAAAAAGUUGAUGCAUUAUCUGCAUCAAUUGAAAAAAAUGAAUGUCCCCCAGUUGGUGGACCCACCGCUAAUUUGGAUCAUCCUGAACCUGCUGCUAAUUUGGAUGAACCUGCUGAUAACGCCAAACCCGCCGAACCCGCCGAACCCUCUGAAUAUGCUGAAUACGCUGAGUACGCUGAAUAUGCCGAACCCACCGCAUUGGCUGCAUUUACUCAACCCACUACAUUUGCUGAAUCCGCUGUAUUUCAACCUCAACCUAGACCUGCUGAGACAAACAUUGCCAAUCUGGACAAUCACGAGGCUUAUGAGCCACGUGAACUUCAAACAUCGUCCAGUUGCUAUUCCGAUGGUCCAGCAUUGGAGUCUUUCUCGCAAAGCUUGGAAGACAUAAUCCUCCGCAGGUUAAGACAACCCAAACCGUAUUUUGCUAUAGAGGUUGAGGAAGAAGAAGGAAAUGCGGACUUGCUAAGCAUUUGCAGCAACAACAGCGACGAGCCCCAGCACCAGUAUUCAGCAUUGGGACGUGAAACGCCAAAGCUAGUUAUUCCCAAGAAGAGGGGUGCACCUACAUGCAAAGCUGAUAAACAUGGAGCCGCUAUUUCCAAAUCACCCAAAGAACCAGAGGCUGUCAAACCAAAUGAGAUUGUUCCCCCCAUUGCUACAGCUGUUGAAACUACGAGACACAAGGAACCGGAGGCCGAAAAACCAAACAAUGUUAAUUCCUCCAAAGCUAGCCGAAAAAUUGAGCGUGCUCCCUCCGUUGAUUCAGCUGUUGACAUUAAGAAAACCAAAAAGUCAAUAGCUAGGAGAAUAGUUGAGCUUGUUCAAUCCCUUGUUGCUUGUUUUCGUGCUAAGCCAAAAGCUGACCCAGCUCCCCCCAUCAUCGCUCCAGUCAGGAUACGAACCCCUACGACAUAUGCAAUGGUUGCUCGUGCUUAUGGGGUGUGGUGCGAUUCUCUGCACACAUUUUAG